UUUCCAACCGCCAAUAGAAGAAAAAGAGAAGCGUGGUUUGGACAGUCUCAUUCAUGUGUGAACAGCACUCGCUGUACUGUUGACAAACAUUCAGCAGACAAAUAGAGUUCUUCAUCAUCAUCUUAAUCAGCAUGACUCAGACAGACAGAGAUGCAGAAAACGGCAGAGACAGAGAGAAAGAGCAGCGCGGUGUCAAGAGACCCAUAAUGCCGGCUGCUGUAUCUGAACCACUUCAAGAGCAAAUUCAAGCCAACUUCAUAGUGGUGAUUCAUCCUGGGUCAAGAACGUUGAGGAUCGGUCGAGCGACAGACACACAACCCAUCUCCAUCCCUCACGUCAUUGCCCGCAGACACAAACAGCCCGGACAGCCCCGAUACGAGGACCAAUGCUUCUUAAGAGUGGGACUCAACUCAGCAGACAGUACUGAUCAGAGACAGAAUGGACUGAAGAUGGUGGAUCAGGCCAUCUGGUCCAAGAAAAUGUCCAACGGUGUGAGAAGAACACCAGUGUCUGCAGAGCAGGCAAGAUUGUAUAACAGACAAAUACGACCCGCAGUUCUCGACCCAAACUCUAAAGUGAAAUGGACAAUUACAACUCAUCAGCCUGAAUACCUAAUAGGAGAAGAGGCAUUAUAUGUAAACCCGACAGACUGCUACAGCAUCCACUGGCCCAUCUCCAGAGGUCAUCUGAACAUUCACAGUGGCCUGGGCGGAUCUCUCACUGCGGUGCUGGUCCACCUGGAGAACAUCUGGUCUCACGCUAUUCACAGGCUUCUAGAAAUCCCUCUGAAGGAUCUGAAGUAUUACAGGUGCAUUCUCUUGAUUCCGGACAUCUAUAACCGACAGCACGUGAAGGAGGUUGUCAACAUGCUGUUGGUUAAAAUGGGCUUCUCAGCGGUUGUCGUGCAUCAGGAGUCGGUGUGUGCGACGUUUGGCAGCGGUCUGAGCAGUGCAUGUGUGGUAGAUGUGGGUGACCAGAAAACGAGUGUGUGCUGUGUAGAAGAUGGCGUGUCUCACCGCAACUCCAGGUUGUGUCUUGCGUACGGAGGCUCUGAUGUGACGCGAUGUUUCUUCUGGCUCAUGCAGAGAGCUGGAUUUCCCUACAGAGAGUGUCAGCUCAACAACAGACUCGACUGUGUUCUGCUGCAACAGCUCAAAGAGUCAUUUUGCCAUUUGGAUCAGGAUAUUUCUGGGCUACAGGAUCAUGAGUUUCGCACACGUUUCCCUGAUUGCCCUGUACUGCUGUAUCAGUUACGGUUAGGAGAUGAGAAACUGCAGGCUCCCAUGGCAUUAUUUUACCCUGCUGCGUUUGGAAUUGUGGGGCAGAAGAUGACAUCACUACAGCACCGUUCUCAAGGAGACGCUGAAGAUCCACAUGAUGAGCACUUCCUGUUGACCACCCAAAGCAAACAAGACCAGUCUUCUAAAGGCAUAGCAGACAGAAAGUCAUUCCCUAAGGCUGCUGGUUUUGAGGGUGAAUCUACCAGUGACCCAUCUGAAAAGGGAACUCUCGUUCAGGAUGUGGAGUUGGGUCACACUGCAGGCGAGUGCCUGAUCACUGGAGCAGAUACAGAUGAAACACCCUCAGCUCUGAUGUCCAGGAAAACGGCCAUGAGUCAUUUUGAGGGGAAAGCACUUGGCAUGGAUAAAGCCAUCUUGCACAGCAUCGACUGCUGCUCGUCCGAUGAAAGCAAGCGUAAGAUGUACAGCUGUAUUCUGGUGGUGGGUGGCGGGCUGUUGUUUCACGGAGCUCAGGAGUUUCUGCAGCAUCGCAUCCUCAAUAAGAUGCCUCCGUCCUUCCGCUGUCUGGUGGAGAAUGUUGAUGUCAUCACACGACCAAAGGACAUGGAUGCUCGUGUCAUCGCAUGGAAGGGUGGAGCAGUGCUGGCAUGUUUAGACACCACACAGGAGCUGUGGAUUCACCAGCAAGAGUGGCAGCGCUUCGGCGUGCGCAUGCUCCGUGAGCGUGCAGCAUUCGUCUGGUGACACCACAGGAUUCCUCAUGGUGGCGUAGUGACUCGCCUCAAUCCGGAGGACAAAUCUCAGUUGCCUCCACAUCUGAGACCGUCAAUCCGCGCAUCUUAUCACGUGGCUUGUUGAGCGCGUUACCGCAGAGGCAUUGUGUGUGUGGAGGCUUCACGCUAUUCUCCGCGGCAUCCACGCACAACUCACCACGCACCCCAGCAAGAGCGAGAACCACACAUUAUAGCAACCACGAGGUGGUUAACCCAACGUGACUCUACCCACCCUAGCAACCGGGCCAGAAGCCUGACUGGAGUCACUCAGCACACCUCGGAUUCAAACUUGUGACUCCAGGUGUGGUAGUAGUCAGCAUCUUCACUUGCUGAGCUACCCAGGCCCCCAAUUUCAUAAUUCUAAUAUUUAAGCAAUAUCACACAAGGAAGAGUGCUGUUGUUUUGAAUAUUAGUGUGCCUCUGUACAACCAAUGUUAUAUAAAAAAGUAAUUUUUAUCUUGUUGUUGUAUUGAAUAUGAGGCCUCCCUACAGUUAAAUCAAAGACAAUAUAAUAGUUUUGUAAAAAGGAAGUAGUCGAAGUUUAGAGUACAUAAGACUGAUUUAUACCCACACUGUUUUUGUGCCCAUAAUUUAAAAAAAAUCUGGGAUGAAGUGAUCAGACCGAUAAACUACAAAAAAAUAAAUAUUUUUAAUAACACGUUUGAAGUGCACCCUGAAAACCUUAUUCUUGGUAAACUUCCUCCACUUAAGAAAUAAAACAGAAAAAUACUGUAUACUUUGAGUAAUCAGGAUAGCAGCUUUAAAGUAGAUAAUAAGGACUUAAAUCAAUGUCUGUUUCUCACCCAAAGUUCACCCACUUCAGAAGACAUGGAUUAAACCACUCGAGUCGUAUUGUCAUCUCGUAGGACACUACAUGAUAGACCACAUUUGAUAAAUGCCCUAAAAAAGUGUAUUAAAGGGAAAAGAAAUGAAAAGAUGUAAAAAGGAGGGAUGGUAGUGGGUGGGGAGGGGGUCAAGCACAACAGCUCACUGUCAUUCACGAUAGAGCUGGCUGAACAUCAAAAUGUGAGAGGAAACAAAAACAAAACAGUUUGAUUUCAAAGAGGAUGGUGUGUUGGAAGGAUAGAGAGAGAAAACACAAGGGUUUCUGAAGUUCCAUCAUGCGACCAAAAGUUGAAAACAUUUCAGCUUUUGCUGCAAUGCACUUUGGCAUAGGUAUGUCUGUAGGCAGGACUAGUUGCACUGUGAAAUAAAAAAGGCGGCGGACAAACUCAAGCAUGUGGUGUAUUAUUUCCCUGUCAGGCUAAAAAGAUAGCAAUUGUGGAGAGAGAUCCUGGAGUAGAGUUUUAAUGUUUACUAGUACAUUGUCAAAAAUAAAUAUUUUAAAUAGUCAUCCCUAUCCAUGACCGCCUCUUCCCUGUGUGGGACACACCUUCCAAACGGACAUUACGUACUCCCAUGCAUCAAACGCUCCAUCUGAGCUUUCCUUAGUGUGUAAGUGACGCGCUGCAACGGACACUUCCAGUAUAGACUGCAGCAUGGAUUAUAAUGGUUAUAUUGCUUUUGAGACGCCACUUGCAUCCAGUGUAGACAGGGUAGUAGCGUACUCUACUACCAAUAAUUAUUUUUGUUUUUUACACACAUACCUCAUUUUAUUAUGUUGCUUCAAAAUUAGUUUUGAAACUGGAACGAAAUGGCUGGAAAAAAAAAACUUUACCCUUAACAAUUAGCAUAAUGUGUGCUAUAAUUUUUUUUAAUUGUGGAAACUGUAUAUAUUUGUUAACAUCUAAAAAAAACAUCUGUUUGGGUUUCAUGACCCUUUAAAACCAAAAUGGUCCAAUCAACCCUCCAUAUAGUCCCAACCUGUUCGCCAUGCUAGCUCCACCCUUCAACCACCACAGGCCCUGUUACAGCAAAUUAAGAAAAUAAGGGGGGAAAAAACAGGGCAGACAGGAGAAAAUCAGUAAGGGGUUGACCAAUGAAAAAAAUACAGGGCGAACAGUCCUGCGUUACAGAAGAAAUGACACACUCUGUUCCCAGCUCUCAACGGUAGGGUAAAUGAGAAGCGUGUUUAAUAAGCACAGCAAAGCGACAGCUCCAGAGACUUGAACUCUCAAUGAAUAGGGAGAACAUCAAGUCAUUAUAAGCUGCUUGUGCAGCUUUGGAAGAACGGCAUCGGUGGCAAACACUUUUUUUAUUUUUAUACAAGAAAUCUUCAGGCAUUGCCGCUUCAUACCAUUUCUGUAAAUAACGGUAAACGUCUCACCUGAGUGCGUACAUGUCCACUAAUAUAGCCCAGUGACAAAAUAUCACUGACAUAAACCACCAUGAACAAUUGCAGCAUGCCAGAGCGAGCCAUUAAUUGCCACGGAACAGGCAUGGCCGCUGGAUAUGUAGAAGAGGAGGGACUCUGGCUCAAGCCAGUGAAAAUCACCCUCAAAUUCUCCACGCUUUGUGAUCCGUCCUCGCUAGAUAUAGGGAGGAUACAGGGACGGCGUCAGCUUCCUCAGAAGCUGGUCGAGAGCACGGCAUUUGAGUAUUACGUGCUCGCAAUAAUACGAUUAAUCUCAAUGAGCGCUGCAUGCCAGGCAGGGAUAAUGUUUGUGACAUAGCACCCCUCUAAUCAUAAACUAUGAUAAUGCGCCACGCAUCAUGGCCGUACUGGUCUUUACAUAGAAAAGAGAAAUGCUUGGCGCAAGCCGGGGACAAAACAUCCUUAAGUUCUCCAUGCUCUAUAUCCCAUCCUCACACACCUCCCUCAUGCGGUCCCUCAGGAGCAUGGCGGGAGGAGAGGGGACCGGUUUCGGCUUUUAGAACUAACGCAAACGGAGAGUAAAUUGUUUUGAGUUAUGCGCCCUCCAAAAAUGCAAACUCGGCGAGUGCUGUCAACAUGGGCUCUGCCCAGACAAUCACAGCACUUGUGUUAAACGGGCGAAGACACCCGAUGUAGAGGAAAGGAGAAACACAAGGCAUGAGCUAGCGAUAAGUCCUCCUCAAAUCUCCAUGCUCUAUUCCCCGUCCUCACAUACCUCCCUUGUGCGGUUCCUCGGAAGCCGCAGGAGGAGUAUAGCGGGAGGAGAGGGGGAUGGCUUCAGCUUUUAGAAUGAAAAACAAGCCGAGAGCAAGCGUCUUUUAAGAUUCAUGCAAUCAUAGUGAACACAGUCAGCCUCAAUGAGCGCCGCUGUAUGCAAAAUAAAAUAGCUUGUGCCCGCCAGACAGAGGGUUUUCAUGUGCUUGUGGAAACAUUUGCAAAAUGGCAUCUUUAUAAAGAAGUCAUUAAGCAAACGGCUCUUUUACGAUUGUGCACAGUAUACAAAUACACAAACACAAUCAGGCUGUAGCACUUAUGUUACACACUUAUGUUACAAAUCCAACAAUCCAGUAAUUCAAAGGAUACUUUCCAUUGAGGCCCACAGGCAGCAGAAUAAUCCGUUCACUGUGAAGUGAUGAAAACGACGAUGUCUCGCCCACCCGCUCUUGACAGCAAUUCUUGUAGAGAGAAAUUACAUUUUCGUGCAGAGUACGAGAGAGAGAUUAUAGACAUCCUGAAGAAGAAAAUUCUUUAGAGAUAGCAUUCUGCACCGUCUUAAUAUACACGCCCGCGAUGGAGGCGCAGCACAAAUCUGGCAAUUAAAAUUGCUGAGAUUUUAAAGAGUUUCGCUACCGGCCGCAAGAUCCGGAGGAACCGCGGCCGUCUGCCAGGAAUGGGGGGGGGGGCGGUUACGUCCGCCAGGGGCCGGAGGACACGCUGUCGUCUGUCGGGGGAGGAGCGAGCUGGCGUCCGCCAGAGGGCGGAGGAACGGUUGAGGACAGGGCGACAGCGCGUCCAGGAGCCAGUGAGCAAGUUCUUCUCUCUCUCUCCUCUCUCUGUGUCGCCACUCACCCUUUCCCUCUCCCCACACCUCCCCUCGUCUCUCCCCCAGGUUCACAGGAGGCGGGGUGGACCACCGGCUGACAGAACGGCCGGAAUGGUAGCGUCUCCCCCCUCCCCAGGGAUGUGGUGGCGCCCCGGUCUGCCCGAGAUAAGGGGCAGCCAGAGACGCCGUUUCGAGAGACGCACGCAGCCGCGCUGCAUGUGUGUCUGUGUUUAUGUUGAGUUUUAUCAUUAAACGUUAUGUUUACUGUUCAGCCGGUUCCCGCCUCCUCCUUGCCCAUCCUUAUACCGUUACAGCAUACUAUGGUCAAAGCCUUCGCUAAAGACUUUGCCAUAAUAUUACGGAGAGGAUAAACUGCAGGGUACCAUGUUUAGGCACACAUAACAGUAAGCAAAUAAGUACUGCCAGAAUUUGAAUGUGACAGUGGACCAACACAAUCAAAAAUCAAGUGUUCAAAUGGCUGACCUAUCUCAAAAAUAGGAGACAAAUAAAUCAGUUUCCCAGUCAAUUGUUUCCAGUUAUUGGCAGCAUAUCACCCUGCAGCUUUCAUCACGGGGCGUUGUGACACUCAUCAAAAAUCCAUUGGCAAGGCUGCAUAAAUAAAGUGGGGGAAACAAUCCAAGCUCAUUCAAAAUGUACAGUAUUUACAAUAAAGAAAUCAAUGAUAUACAACGAUAAACUCUUCAUCAGAUUAUAUAUAUAUAUAUAGAGAGAGAGAGAGAGAGAGAGAGAGAGAUAUACACACACACAGUUGAAGUCAGAAGUUUACAUACACUUAGGUUGAAGUCAUUAAAAUAAUUUAACCACUCCACAGAUUUCAUACUAGCAAACUAUAGUUUUGGCAAAUCGUUUAUUUACUUUGUGCAUGACACAAGUAAUUUUUCCAACAAUUGUUUACUAACAGAUUGUUUCACUGUUAACAGACUAUAUAACAAUUCCAGUGGGUCAGAAGUUAACUGUGCCUUUAAGCAGCUUGGUAAAUUCCAGAAAAUGAUGUCAAGCCUUUAGACAAUUAGCUUCUUAUAGGAGGUGUACUGAAUUGGAGGUGUACCUGUGGAUGUAUGUUAAUGCCUACCUUCAAACUCAGUGCCUCUUUGCUUGACAUCAUGGGAAAAUCAAAAGAAAUAAGCCAAGACCUCAGAAAAAAUUUGUGGACCUCCACAAGUCAGGUUCAUCCUUGGGAGAGAUUUCUAAAUGCCUUAAGGUACCACGUUCAUCUGUACAAACAAUAGUACACAAGUAUAAUCACCAUGGCUUAAGGCUUCUGAAUUCAAGGAAACCUUUAGUACCAGUGAGAGUUUAAACCACAGACAAAAAGAUAUAUCAGUCAAUCUCUGACCCAGAGUAAUUGAUAUUUUGGUGGAAACUAAACCAGUUGGGUUGAGGUUUUCAGUGAUGAUCCAAGUAUAAAUUGUUAAUCCAUAUAAUUAGUAUUAUUCCAUAUCGUGAGAUAAUGUACCAAGCAGUGAUGAAAUACACACGAAGAAAAAAAAAAACUCUAAAUCCAAACAAACACUAAUGAAGCAUGCUGACAGGCAAACAUAGCUUUUAAGCAGCUAAUUACACAGCACACAAUGACAAAACAGAACAGCUUUAAAGUAACACAUUGAGUCUUUUGAACAAAGUUGUUCCUCAAAAUAGGGUUAUAGCAGACAUUAGCAAAUGUGAGCAUACUCUCAUUGCAUCUGCAAACACACAUACCCUUCCUCUCUUCCUUAUAAAGAAAUUUCUUCAUAGAGUAACUCCUAUGGCCCCCUAGAUGCAGGGGUGACAAUUACACUCAAAACAAUAGAAAACGUAGGAACAAUGAAGGACUGUAACAGCGGUUUACAGAAAAAUUCUAACUUUACAAUCUUAUUUUAUCUGCUUUGUAACCAUGGCAGUUUCAGUUAGGAUCUAAUUUAGGACAAAAGUUAUUACAGAAUAACUUUUCCUAAAUGCAUUAUCUUUUUUUUAAGUACAAAUAAGGAAAGAGGAUUACAGAAGCAUAUGCCAAACUUCUAAAGUGUGUUGAGUGGUGGUGGCGUAGUGGGAUAAAGCACAUAACUGGUCAUCAGAAGGUUGCUGGUUCAAUCCCCAUAGCCAUCACCAUUGUGUCCUUGAGCAAGGCAGGUUGCUCCAGGGGGAUUGUCCCUGUAAUAAGUGCACUGUAAGUUGCUUUAGAUAAAAGCAUCUGUAAAAUGUCCAUACUUUAGAUAACCCCACUGUUAUUCUAACUUUAAAUUUAUUUUAAAGCCAAAGGUUACAGUCACAUUACAAUAGUAUGUAUCAUAACUAGCACUGUCCAAGAAUGCUGCACCUGUAAUGCAAAUCUGAUAAUCAGAAUAAUAAUGAUAAUUCAGCAUUAUAUUAUAAUAAUCAAUUUGAUGUGCCCCACUGUAAUAAUUUAGUAUUAUGCAAUGUUCAACUGGGUUUCAAAAAUAAGUUAGUGAAGUAGCUUUGCACAACUUUAUUUAUUAUUCACAUAAAUGUAUUUGUAAAAACAUACGAAGGUAAACAAUGCUUUUUAUAAAGCUACUAUGAAUCAUUGUAUAUGAAAUAUAAACAUAAAUGUGCAUAUCAAUGAAAAUUAUUGAAUUUCA